CACUUGGCUAUCAACAUACCUAGCUUUCCGGUGUCCCAAAGCAAUUGAGGCUUAAACCUCGAGCUUUAACUUCUAGUUAUAGCCACGCUGUUGCCCGCUUUCCCUUUCAAAGCUCGUAAUCUUAAUUCAUCGACUCUUGAUAUAAUUCUAUACUUUUAAGAAAGCCUUAUCCUAAGACUCACGUCGAUUUUCGACAAGACAAGUACUGCAGCGUCGUCGAAAUGAGCCAUCCACACCCCGGUGUCCCUCCGCCUCCACCUCUUGGAGCAAUGGGACGUGGUGCUCCGGGACCCCAUCCUCAUCCACAAGGAGGAGGUAGACCAGGACCGCAACCUAAUUUUCAAGGACCUCAUCCAAACUUUCAGGGACCUCCCCCAGGUCAUCCAGCUCAUCAAGGUCAUCCAGGACAGGGUGGUCCACCACCUGGCGGGCGUGGUCAGCCUCUGCCGCAAAUGCCUAUGCAAAUGCCUAUGCGACCACGAUAUGAAUCUUCCCACGUAGUGGAUUUGAACGCCUCGGAGAAACGACCACUUGACGAUGCAGCGUACAGAAAGUUGUUGACGACAUACACGGUCUUUUCAAUUAGAAAAGUUGUACCGACGGGAAAAGAGAAAUCCACCUGGGCAAAAGCUGUGGUAACUGAAGAGGCUUUAUCACAAGAGGAUAUUGUUGCACAGUUGAAGAAAUUGAAGGACUCCUCACAAACAAUAACAGAUAAAAAAGGAGCUUUAUAUCCGAAUCAGCAGGGCCAAGUAAACAAACUUCUGGAUCGGUUGAAAACUGAGGAAUCGGAUCAACACUUUGAUUGGUCCCUUGUUCAGCUUGAUAGAAGAGAGAGGUCUUCCAGCAAAGUGAGAGAAACUGUUUUGAUCACCGUCAUAGUAAAACGCUCGCCCAGAGAUGAAGUUAAUGCCACGGCGCUUUUCGCAAUCAUCGACAGGCAAAAACAAGAAAAAUUAGCACACUUGACUAGACCUCCAAUGCAACCGCAACCUCAACCUCAACCCCAACCCCAACCCCAAAAUCAACCUCAUCCUCAACCUCAUCCUCAUCCUCAUCCUCAAUUUCAACCCCAACCCCAACCCCAAGGCCAAUCUCAACCUCAAUGUCAACCUCAGCUCAGACCACAAAACGCCCCGCCCAAUCCGAAUGGGCAACCUCAAGCCCCUAUAGGAAUUCUACAUACGUCUGGCCAAAAGGGUGGAAGCCGUGGUCGAUCAAGAAGCAAAAGCAGACAAAGACCGACGCGAUAUCAGUCAGAAUCGAAUUCAGAAUCCGAAUCUGAUAGCGACACGUUCUCAACUGGAGCUUCGACCAUCAGUAGCUCUUUGGUUACUAGCAUUAGUUCUCAUUCUGAUGGGCGCUCAAAGAAGUAUAGUUCACGCGGUAGACGAGGUCGUAGCCAAAGUAAACGUCGUCCACGGGAGCACCAUAAGAAAUAUUAUGCCCACAGAAGCGAGUCACCUGAGCCAAUAUUUCAAGAAUUUCGAAGGGGCAGUCAUCCAGAAUCUCCUUAUACCGGAGAAGCUGUCCCACUUUCCGCUCCCGAUGCCAUUGCACAAGCAUUUCAACAGGGUAGAGAAGAAGAAAGGGCUGCUGCUCAGUAUUACCUUUCUCAGUCGCAUCGACCAAUCAUUAUUGAUGAGCCAUCGAGAGCUGUGGUACCUGCCGGCCGUCGCGAACUUGAAUAUGAUACCAUAGCGCCGAGAUAUCCUGCGCGUCGACAUGCAGAACUCCCAAUGAUAGAAGCUCCUCGAUAUAGAGAACAUCAAUAUUCAAGACCCGCACCUCGAUAUCGAGAUGAUCUAUACAAUGAAAGACACCUUGAUGACCUAUAUGAGGAUGAUUCUCCACCUCUUAUUAUCCGGAAUGUGAGACCAGUUCCGCGAGAGGCCGCUUAUAGACGUCGUUUUUCUGACGCUGAGAGCUACAUUGAUCGAGAUUCAACCACAACCAGAAUUCCAUUCACAGGUCUUCGCCCUCAAAUCCCUCAAUUUCGCCAUCAUCCCUUCACCCCAAGAAGUCCACCACGACAUCGGUAUAGUUCCAGCUAUAGCAGUGAUAGUGCGCAUGCAUAGUUGAGAGACCUGUUGUUUCAGCUGUAUGCUUUUGGAUAACCUUACCUUGCUUUCUUUAAAGUUUGAGAUCUUGUUUUAUUAUAUUGAUGUUUUCAGUCUUGAAGAUUGAUGUGAUGGAUGAGUUAGUGAUAAUUGCUGUGUAUCAUUUGCUCUUGGGAAAUUGGUGUUGGUUUAUUGUAAAUGAAAGACCAACGGCGCAGCAGGACUUGAUGUCUUUGGCCUAGAAGGACAAUGGACGAUUUGACGACCGAUGAUAAUAAAGUGCAUCUCUUAUGUACUAGACACACGUGGCAUCAAAAGUUAUUUUAAUGAACUCCCUAAUUUUUGGAAUCUUCUCGUUCUGUCAACAUGAAGUAUAAGUGAAAUGCGUUAAUUGUGAGCCGACUGCGAGCUAAUUGUGAGC